AUGAUAUCGCGCUGUCGUGCUAAAAGCUGGAUUAUUCAAUUAAAAGAGACAGAUCAAGUUGCAAACAGGACGACCCAGAGAGGGUUGAAAGGAAAUAUCAUUGUUUAUCCGCAAAAACCUACAGCGUUAGCGAAGAUAUUGCCACCUUCAUUGGAAGAUUUAACUGCUCCUAUUUGUGUUAUAUUCGUGGGUUCAUCCCGUCCGUCUCAAGAAUGGCUUAGAAAUAAAGCGAAACCUUUGACAGCACGUCCAAAGGUUGUUCGUGAUGCCUUGAUUUGGUUGAAAAGUCACAACAAGUGGUAUCGAGAUAUUAAGAUCGAUUUUGAUUUCUUAGCUAGUUUACCUGAUGAAUUUGUUCUGCCUGUCCAUGUUGAAUGUGUUGAAUCUGGGGAGUCUGAAGAUAGUUUGACUGCCGGGUAUGAUCCUGCGAGAACAUUGUCUUCAACACCCCCAGUUUUACCCGAAUCAUCUGACCAAUACAAUGAAGAAGUUUCAUUUGAAAGUAUUGUUAUUGCAGACGUAGAUGCUAAUGCUACUAUGAAUGAAUUGCGCGCAGCUGCGAUGCGUCAUAUUAAGUUCAAGGGGGGGUCAUAUAUUGAAAUACCUCAUGACACAGAACCGAUGAAUGAAUUCUUCAAUCCUUCACUUUUUCCAAUGAUAUAUUCAACACUAUUUCCUUAUGGUAUUGGUGGUUUUGAAGAUUACUCGAGAUCAGAGCCUUAUUACAUCGUUGUUUCUCGCAGACCGGAUUAUGUAUAUAUAGCCAACCCUCCACAGCCUGGUCCCUUAUCUUGA